ACGAAAAAAAUUAGCCUUUCCAUUAUUCGAUCCUUUUCCUUUUGCCCUUGUCUUCUUCCUCGCCGCUCGUCCCCUUAAACCCUCCCAUGGCGGCCCGCCCAUGUUCCCGCGGCUACCCCAAACUCCGGCGUCUCCUCUCCUCUGCCGCCGCCGCCGCGAACCUCCCCCUCCUGUUCUCCUAGAGGCGCGUGGCCGUGGCCCUCUCCCUGGUGGAUUUGGAUGAAUGCCACCGGCCGGCCGCCCCAACCCAUCCCCUCCCCAGCGAGAUCUAGGCUGCAGCCCCAAAGAGAACUGAAUAUUCUCCCUCUCCAACUCGCACGAGCUUCGAUCCGGUGCCCUGCGCCCGGCGUCCCCGAGACCGGCCCCGACCCCAAACGCGGUUUCCAACCCGGCCCGUCCCCCCUCCCGCACGCGUGCGGCCUCCGAGAGCAUCGCGCGGUCCUACAUUUCGUUGCGGGUGACUCCUUUCCGCUCAGUGGUUAUGGUGCCGCCUGUGUACCAGGAGCCUAGUAUCAUGCCGAUCAAUACAAGAACGGAGAAGGAGUUGGAAGAAAAGGAGGUGUUAUGCACGCACAAAAAGCCCAAAGCUACAGGGUGUGUUGCCCAACCGCAGCAGGAAAUUGAACUCGCCAUUGAGAGUGAUAAUAAAGGGCAUGGUGAUCCUUCACCGAAAGAGUCUGCUUGUGUGGUGCUGAGCAGUGGUGAAGCAAAUGGUUGCGGUGAGGGGCAUGUUCUUGGCGGUGCAAAUGAAGAACCAGAAGCAAGUUCGAGACUGGCUCAACUCUGCAGUGCAAUUGGCUGGAAGAGUCCAACAUAUGAGUUUCAAGAACAUGGACAUGACCAUACAAAACUGUUCACAUGCAAGGUGAGUGUUCUUGUGGAGACGUUCACAGACACUGUUGUGGAGUGCAUCAGUGAACCCAAACCCCAGAAGAGAGCUGCCCAGGAACAAGGUGCUCAAGGUGUGUUAUGGACCCUCAAGCGCCUUGGUCAUGUGAAAUAGCUCUAGACAUGCUCCAUCAGGCGAGGCGCGGCGCGGCGCGGCGUCUGUCUGCCCUCUUGUUGCCAUCUGAUCCAUCAUAAGAGCGGUGUCUGCUCUUUCUUGAAUCCAUGACUCAACUUGUGAUCACGUUGUGAGCUGAUGCUCAUGCAUGAUUGAACUUGUCGCUCUGUCCGUCGUGUUUUAAUUUUAUUGCUUUAGUUCUCUAGGACCCUAGUUCAGUUGUAUUUCCAGUCGGCUGUAGGAACUCUUGGCAUUACUUUGUGUUAAGUUCUGCUUAAGUAAGGGCUCUAGCAGAGUUAUGUUCUGUUUUAAGUAGGAAUAUAGUAUCGGGAGUAGCAGCUAUGUUCAAGCGCAAGUCCACAUGCUACAACUUCUUCGACGACGUUGUCAGGGGGGUGUUCUGAAACCUGGAUGAACACUGAAUAUCAGGAGUUGCAUCCUGAAUGAUCAA